GGGCUCACGGCACGGGGGCUCCCCGCGGCACAGGCGGGGCCAGGGCCGCGAUGCUGCCGGCGCUGCCGGACGGUGACGAGCGGGAGCCGGAGAGCAGCGAGGAGGGCGGCGGAGCGGGCGAGGAGCGGCGGCCGGAGCGGCACGGCUGCACCUACCACGGCCUCUAUGGCUACCGCAGGUCCGCGCAGCAGGGAGCUGCGGCCGGGGAUGGCGGUGCCGGCGGCGCUGUGGCACACACACCCUCCGCCGAAGACUUCAGCCUCUCCUUGCUGGACACCAACUUGCCAGCUGAAGCAGAGACGGAGCUGCGCAGUUUCAUCGCUAAGCGUCUUACUAAAGGAGCACUGUUUGAAGGAAUGGGCAAUGUAGCAUCAGUGGGGCUGAGCAUACCAGAAGGAAAAGUUGGUUGUUACUACUGUCGUUUCCAACAAGAAAGUCUUCUGGAAAUGGAAUCAGACAUCAGUGCUCCAGAAUAUGUGGUUUGUUUCUUAGGUGGCUCAGAGAAAGGUCUGGAACUUUUCAGACUUGAGCUGGACAAAUACAUUCAAAAUCUGAAGAUAAACCUUGAUUUGGAGCAAAAAAACUUGGAGGCCUGUGUUAGCCCCUACCUGAGGAGCUGGUUUGAGGAUGCCAUCUGCCCUAUCCAGAGGGUCGUGCAGCUCUUCCAGGACAAACUUGCCUCUCUGCUACAUGCUGCUCUGAGUUACACUCCUGUAGAAGUCAAAAAUGCAGAUGAAAGAACAGAAAAGGACAUCAGCAGGUUCCUGGCAGCUGCAAGCCUCCAAGGACUUGUCCAGGAAGGCACAAUGACCUCCCUGUGCAUUGCCAUGACAGAGGAACAGCACAAGUCCAUGGUUAUAGACUGUAGUGGACCUCAGCCCCAGCUGCAUAAUGCAGGAAGCAACAGAUUCUGUGAGGACUGGAUGCAAGCUUUUGUGAAUGGUGCUGAAGGUGGAAAUCCAUUUCUCUUCCGGCAGAUUUUGGAAAACUUUAAAUUGAAGGCUAUCCAGGACAUUAACAACCUGAAGAGGUUUAUCCGCCAGGCUGAAAUGAACCACUACGCCUUGUUCAAGUGCUACCUGUUCCUAAAGAACUGUGGCAGUGGAGACAUCCUGCUGAAAAUUGUGAAAGUAGAACAUGCAGAAAUGCCAGAAGCCAGGAAUGUAGUGACUGUCCUGGAGGAAUUCAUGAGAGAAACGCCAGUGGCUUAAAAAUACCUUAUGUAUAAAUCAUUUAUUUCUUCCAUGCAGCUACUGCAGGAUUUUUAAUUUAUAUUUAAAAGUAUUGCCCAAGUCAAACUUUAGUUGCAGUUUCACCUGCCUUUUCUUCCUUUUAGAGAAAGCACUAUGAGCUUUUUUUAAUGUGUAAAUAUCAGAUAAUACAAACUGCAGAGUUUUCAGAUUCUCCAACUGCUUCUGUUGUGAGGAAAUCAUGAUAUUUGAUUUUUACAGUCAUUGUAAAACCAAGCCCAUAUCCUUUACUUGGCAAGCACUUCACUGUUUUAAAUAUUUUAAAUAUCUUUAAAAUCAUUUAGAUCUGGCUACCUUGUUUUAACAAAGUACAAAUAUCUGGAUAGAUCUAGAUAAUGAAUUAAUCGUUUUAGUUUAGAUAAGAGAACUGAGGUACAAAGUCUGUAGCUGGUUUCUGCUUUCAAACUGCUGGUUUGUUCUGCUGCCACUGGAUAAACAAGUUGGUAAAUUGUUGGUAAUUGUUACCUGUUGGUAACAAGUAUCUGAAAUUCCCAGGCUGUUUGAUGUAUCCCCUUCUUCCUUAGUCUGAGAUGUCAUCAGGACCUUCUUUGUACGUUCUUACAUUACAGUUUUGCGUAACUGUAAAUAAUCCUAUGCUUUUCAAUCACGAAGAAACUAAAAUGUUUCCACAUUUAAGACUUCAGAAUUUGAAGUAAAUUAACUUCCCAAAUUAAUUAGACUUUAAAACAUUUUGCAGUAUCAGCACUGGAUUCUUACCCACAUCAUGGGACACACAGGCAGCAGAAUACCUGAAGGAAAUCUAUGGCUACAGCUGCAAUAAAAACUCAGGACGUCUGUCAGUAACCUCAUAAAGAGGUUGAUUUCUGCAAAGCUGAUACAAGCAGAAUUCCCUGUUGGUUCCCUUUGCAGCAGAGGGUGUUUGAACUCCCCCUGCAACAGUGCCUGUAACUAAUGUGGUUCUGUGUGACUUGUGCUGGUGCUCUGUACUGUGAGGGCAGGAGUUGCUGCUUUCCUGUGACACCACUGUGUUGAACCUAUAAUGUUGAUAAUAAACCACAUUGAAAUCCUCAA